AUGUUAAUUCAACUUCUUUGGAAAGCUGGAGUCCAAUGGGACAGUUCAAUCCCUGUAGAAGUUCACAGUAUGUGGCUUAAAUUCAAAGAGCAAUUACCACUUUUAGAGGAGGUUAAUUUUCGUCAUUUGAUUAUCGCGUCCAAUUCAAUUGAACUUCAAAUGCACGGCUUUUGUGAAGCAAGCGAAAAAACGUAUGGAGCCUGCAUUUAUUUGCGGUCAACCGACAAUCAAGGCAAGCAUCAUAUUGCACUAGUUUGCUCGAAAUCCAGAGUCGCUCCCGUGAAGCCCGUGACGUUGCCGCGUCUAGAGUUAAGUGCGGCACUUCUACUCGCUCGCUUAUGCACCGCAGUCAAGCAAGCACUUGAAAUUGAAAUAAAACAAAUUUAUUUGUGGUCAGACUCCACUAUAACACUGAAUUGGAUAGACACUGAGCCUCAUUUGCUAAAAACUUUCGUUGCUAAUCGAGUCGCGGAAAUACAAAAUCUCGCAACCUCUUACAAACGCACAAUAAUUGCCAUCCCUAUUUGCACUAAAGAAAAUCAAAUUGACCAGAAACUUGUCGAAAGGUGUAGUUCCUUUAAGAAACUCAAAUUAGUUGUCGCUUAUAUCCGACGAUUUGUUCACAACGCAAAGAACCCUACGUCAAAAUCUAGCGGUCCCAUCACUAUAAGCGAACUCGAAGCCGCUAAUUGCACUAUAAUUACCACAACACAACUCGCCACGUUUCCAAAAGAAAUUCACUCGUUAAAAAAUGAAAAUGACCUUGACAAAAAAAGUCGAUUGAUUCCGUUGAAACAAUUUUUAGACAAACACGGGAUCCUCAGAGUAGGCGGUAGAUUAAAAAACUCAGAUUUGCCUAAAGAACAAAAACAUCCAAUCAUAUUGCCUCCCCAUCAUCAUGUAACUCGACUUAUCAUACGUGAAGAGCAUGAAAGACUCAAACACUCAGUACCCCAGGCCACUUUGUACUCCGUUCGAGAAAUUUUUUGGCUCUUAAACGGUCGUAACAUCACGCGGUUGAUAAUACACCAAUGCGUUCGAUGCUUUCGCGCAAAACCUCGAGGGAUGGAUUACGUCAUGGGGAAUCUGCCACAAGAACGCGUGUCUUACUCUCGUCUAUUCCUUAACGUCGGUGUUGGCUAUUGUGGUCCAUUACGUGGAAUUUCAAAAAGUAUCCAUUCCAAUAACGCAACGAAUUUUGUAGGUGCUAAUCGCGAACUUAUCGAUCUCUAUAAACUCUUUCAAUCGACCGAGCACAAUAAAAUAGUGAAAGAAUUUUUGAAUCAGCAAAAGAUUACGUGGAACUUUAUUCCUCCCAGAUCACCGCACUUUGGCGGUCUCUGGGAGGCAGCAGUUAAAUCGUUCAAACACCAUCUCUCUCGCACAGUUGGAGAUACGUUAUUAACGUUCGAGCAGCUAGAAACCUGUAUCAUUGAAAUCGAAGUCAUACUGAAUUCUCGUCCUCUGUCUCCCAUGUCGUCCGAUCCCAAUGACCUGCAACCCUUGACUCCUGGUCAUUUCCUAAUUGGUGGUCCUCUAACAAGCUUUCCUCAGAUGAACUUCAAGGACACAGCCUACAAUCGCUUGUCUGUCUGGCAACACGCGCAAAAAUUGCGACAACAUUUUUGGACUCGAUGGCAGAAAGAAUAUCUGUAUCAAUUAACUGUUCGAAGCAAAUGGCAAUCUAGCUCCAACCAUUGCAUCAAACUGGGAACCAUGGUUGUGAUCAAGGAAGACAACCUCCCGCCCCUCCAUUGGAAACUCGGGCGUAUAGUCGCUAUUCACCCUGGUCCAGAUGGCAUCAUCCGCGUAGCUACCGUGAAAACUGAUACGGGAGAGUACAAGCGUUGUAUAAAGAAACUUUGUCCUCUUCCUAUCGAACCUCUUUCUCGAGCUGCUGAAGAAGUGGAGAAAUCGUCACAAUGA